GGUGGGGUUGGCCGUAGGUUGUGCCUGGCAGCCAUCCACACACCAUAUCCAAAACUCUCCACUCCAUUCUCCAACAUUACCAUUUUUAAUUUCUUUGCUGGUUCAUUCCAUCAAAGUUGCGUCUUUUAUUCCCAUUUUGGGGAAUAAUGAAAGUGAAACCAUCCAUUUGAUUCUCAGUUAGUUUUUCCUGGGAAUCCGUCGCCGAGUGUAACAAAAAUAUUUGUUUCUUUCCACCAUAAGAAGUCUGCAACUCUGCAAGACUGAAUCUUGGUUUCGCAGAACCCACCAAAAUGCUGUUCAAAAACCACUACUGAGUACUGAACCCAGGGUGAAAGGCUUUUCGACUUCCCACCAUGGCUUAUAAUAAAUCAAAAUCUGUAAGAUUCCAAGAUGAUCUUGAAUCAGCAGCAAAAUAUGGGAAUAAUAGUAAUGGAGAUAACGUGAUUAAGGUUAAGUACAAGAUUGAUGGAACAUGGCUGCCAGAGCUGAGGUCUAGGAAGGGUGAUGGGAAGAACGGGGAAUCGCUGAGAAUUAAAGUAUUGUCUCGGGUUUUCUCAGAAGACUAUGAGAGAGUGAAGAAAAAGAUAUUGGAUCCUCGAGGGUCAAUAAUCCAUAGAUGGAACAAGAUCUUCUUAGUAGGUUGCUUAGUGUCGUUGUUUGUGGAUCCUCUGUUCUUUUACUUGCCCGUCGUUGGGGAUAACAGCUGCAUAGAUAUUGGGAACAGGCACAAAGUCGUGCUCGUGAUUAUAAGGUCAAUAGUUGAUGUCUUAUACACGAUUCAUGUUUUAGUUCGGUUUAGGACUGCUUAUAUUGCUCCAUCUUCUCAAGUAUUUGGGAGAGGAGAGCUUGUUGUAGAUUCUUCAAAGAUAGCAUUGAGAUACUUGCGUAAAGGUUUCUGGAUCGACCUCGUUGCUGCUUUGCCUCUUCCUCAGGUACUGCUGUGGGCUGUCAUUCCUAAUCUGAGUGGCUCGGCCACAGCGAAUACGAAGAAUGUACUUAGAUUCAUCAUCAUUUUUCAGUACCUUCCUAGGCUAUAUCUCAUCGUGCCAUUGUCGUCCCAAAUUGUCAAGGCCACUGGCGUCGUGACUGAAACAGCUUGGGCGGGCGCUGCUUACAACUUGAUGUUGUAUAUGCUAGCAAGCCAUAUAUUGGGUGCUUGCUGGUAUCUUCUAUCAAUCGAGAGACAGGAAGCGUGCUGGCGUCAUGCUUGCACUCUUGAGACCCCGUCUUGCCAGUACACUUACUUUGACUGCCAAAGGGCGAAGGACUCGCAAAGAAACGCCUGGUUCCGGGCUAGUAAUAUCACGAGCCAGUGCAACCCCGAGAGCAGUGAUUACCGGUUUGGUAUGUACGGUGAUGCUGUGACAGAAUCUGUCACAUCUGCAAACUUUUUAAACAAGUACUUCUACUGUCUGUGGUGGGGCUUGAGGAACCUGAGUUCUUUGGGCCAAAAUCUUUCUACGAGCACAUACGUUGGAGAAAUAAGCUUUGCUAUUGUAGUCGCGAUUCUGGGGCUCGUUCUAUUCGCACUGCUCAUUGGAAAUAUGCAAACUUAUCUUCAAUCGACCACCGUUAGAUUAGAGGAAUGGAGAAUCAGGAGAACAGAUACAGAACAGUGGAUGCAUCACAGGCAGCUUCCUCAGGAAUUGAGGCAGUCUGUGAGGAAGUAUGAUCAAUAUAAAUGGAUUGCUACCCGAGGAGUCCACGAGGAAUCUCUGUUGAAAGGACUUCCUCCCGACCUACGUCGGGACAUCAAACGACACCUAUGCUUUGAUCUAGUUCGAGGGGUCCCUUUAUUUGACCAAAUGGAUGAAAGGAUGCUAGACGCCAUAUGCGAGAGGCUUAAGCCCGCUUUGUUCACCCAAGCCACUUGCCUCGUGCGCGAGGGCGAUCCUGUCAACGAAAUGUUGUUCAUAAUCCGGGGAAAUCUUGAUUCCUACACUACCAAUGGUGGCCGCACGGGGUUCUUCGACUCUUGCCGCAUUGGUCCAGGUGACUUCUGUGGCGAAGAGCUGCUGACAUGGGCGCUCGACCCGCGCCCAAGCAUAAACCUGCCGUCUUCCACGCGCACCGUGAAGGCGGUUUCUGAAGUGGAGGCGUUCGCCCUGGAGGCGGACGACCUGAAGUUCGUGGCAGCACAGUUCAGGAGACUGCACAGCAAGCAACUGAGGCACAAGUUCAGGUUCCACUCUCACCAAUGGCGAACGUGGGCCGCAACUUUCAUCCAGGCAGCGUGGCGGAGAUUCAAGAAGCGGAAGAAUACAGCUCGGGUCCGAGCAAUGGAGAGCGCGGGGGCGAAUGGCGACAGCCAAGCGCCGAGCAAGAAGAAGGAAGCGGACGUGAAUGCGCUGCCGCCUGGCUCGGGUUUUGCAGUGUAUGCAGCAAGAUUUGCAGGUGGUAGAAGGCUUCAUCAUCAGUAUCAUAAGCGCUCUGAUUCAGAUUCCAGUGCUGUUAGCUCUCUUCAGAAGCCAGCAGAACCAGAUUUCUCUGUGGAUGAUGAAUGAUUAUUGAAAAAGAGAAACAUAGCAAGUAGGAAAUUUUAAUGUAUACAGUAAGAGUAUGGAUGUGUUUCAUAUAAAUUGCAAACAGUGUUCAAAUUUUAUACUCAAAUUUGUAAUCGGCAUGGUGGUAAAUGUUUGAUUUUUUUUU